CGACACAACAGAUGUCCUUUCAAUGCUGUUGGGAUGGCAUGAUCUUCCUGCCUCUUCAUGGGGCCUGAGGAGUCGGUGAAGGAGGUAUCCCAGGCAGAGCCUGCGGAGCCAGAGUCUGCGGAGCCUGCACCUGCAGAGCCUCCAGAGCCUGCAGAGCCUGCGCCAAGUGAAGGUGGUCCAGCUGAGAAGGAAGGGCCAGAGGAAGCACCUCAAGAGUCAGGGGUGCAAGAUGUGGGCCUUCCCAUUCCCAAGCGCGAUGGCCCGGCACCCACGUCGAACGCCAGUGCGGCAGGUGAAAGUAACGCAGGAGUUCAGAGGAGUCCAACAGUGAGUCCCAGCGCCAGUCCGCAGCAGAGUGACUCCAGAGUGCCAGCGCAGAGGAGUCCGCCGGUGAGUCCAAGCGCAAGUCCACAGCAGAGCUGGAAGCAGAGGGUCUGACAUGGUCUGACAACUGCAGCUCACAUUCAUCAAUGUUCUACCUCAUAAACACUGAAACACUCAGAAAUGGAAACUCAAACUGGAUUCACCCAUAGUGACAUUGUCCUUUCGACUCUCGGUGCAGACCGAAUCUCAAUGCAAAGCAGUGGCGAUGACAAAACCUCGGAGGUCUCAGAAGGAUAGGUCUUGGUGUGCUUUGCAUCCAUGUUACCAUGUUCAGUAAAAACCAUCAGCGGAAAUCUGCGGCCGAUGGUUCAAUUGAACAACGUCCCGGGUAGUGAAACGGUGGACUGGCCGGAGCGAUCUGGAGCCUUUCUCAGGUCCUUCAGCAACACCGAGCAAGGCGGGAUGUCUCAACAUAGCUGAAAAAAAAGCAAAAUGCUCCAGCAGCCCAGCAGUCACGGACUUUUGGAAAAAGAACCAUGCAAGACCAUGCAACAAAAAUGGUAUGACAUUGUUUGUGAGUCUGAUGGAUUCUCCACUCAUCGUUUUCACCGCGCAGUCGCCUAUCCAGGAGCUCCCCAAAGAAGAGCUGC